GCUUGAGCAACCGAGAGAUAGAAUAAAAUUUAAAAAAAAAAAAAAUGGGGGGUGGUAGUAGAGGGAGCAAGAAAAUACUGGUGGGUUUGGUGCUGGUCAUGUUUCUAGGAAUCGCCGUCUACUUGCGGCUCUGGACUAUCGACUACUCCAUUUCUUCCGAUGAAUCCGAGCUCCUCAGGCGGCAGUUUGACCUUGCAAAUAGGGAAGCAAUGGAUGAAUCUGCUGAGUGGAGGCUGAAAUACGAUGAAGAAGCCGAAAAGGCUACCAAGUGUAUGAAUCAACUCAAACAGAUAGAGGGAUCAUUUGGGGAGGGUGAUGGAAAUGCCACUACUGUCAACCAGAAAUUGUUGAAUCUACAAAAGGAAAAUAUGGCCUUAGUCGAACGGAUGGAAGCCUUGAAAGAGGAGCUUGAGGCCGAGAAGCUGAAGUGCAGCGUUCAAUAGGUUAUUAUAUCAUCAAGGGUCAAAAGAUUCAGAAUAAUCAAAGUCACAGCAUUUUUUCAUUUUGUCCAAUUCAUAUACUCUCGAUCUCAACACACCAUAAGAACACCAGUUGGAAAGUUUUUAGCUUCAGUGGUUACUUAAACCAUCAAAGUCAAACGCAUAUUUUUGGACGAGAUGCACAUGCCCCCUUACAGCUUUUAAUCCAUGCUGCUUUCCGGGAAACUGAGGUAUUUGGGUAAUGCCUGCGUUUCUUCUACUAAAUAUACAAUGAUAUUUCCUGUUUGCACCUUACUUAUCUUCAUGCUCAGGAACCAUUGUAAAUUGUUCAGCCUUGAAUGUACCAUUUUCUUUUCCUUGUAAAAUUCCUUCUUGUUAUAGAUCCCAUGGUUUUUCAGAGCCUGUAAUUCAUUUGAUUGAGAGCGUGAAAUAUCAGAUGUCCGAUUGUCUUUGUU